UAUGUAUACAUAGUUGCAUACUGUUAAGCCUGGAAGAGUCUGAUACGUAAAACGUUCUACUUUCCCUCUCAAAGGUUUCAUAAAGCUCCCACCUUUCCACCGCUUAGGGCUCAAUCCCCAAUUCAAUUCAUCCUCUCUAAGUUUCCGCAAAUUCAAAACGCUUCUCGAAUUCUGGGUUAAACCCAUUUCCCUCCUCCAAUUGCGAAAAGUCUCGAUGGCGGCGAAUUUAACGGCGGGGGCGAUUGGGAAGAUGUUGAACGGAGAAGUGACGACGGAUAAAGAAAUGAUGCCGAUUCUGCAAGUGACGGAGCUGAAGCUUAUACAACAUGCCCGGAAGAACCAGGAGAGCAUGGAAAGGUACAAGCUUUCGUUAUCAGAUGGGAUCCAAUCGCAAGAAGGUAUACUUAAUACCACUUUGAACCUUCUCGUGAAGCAAGGGAAGAUUCAGAUCGGUUCGGUCUUAAGACUCACUCGUUUCGCCUCCAACAGCAUUCAGAUUCGAAGGAUUGUUAUUGUCUUGGAACUAGAGAUUAUUGCGGAGCAAUGCAAUAUCAUUGGAAACCCUCUUCCUGCACACCCGAGGAAGCCUAGAAACUCUGGCCAUGAUCAGACACAACAACAACAACCUGGAGUUGUUUCUGUUAACACACAAAGUAAUGGUGGCUUCGAGCAGCAACAGGGUAGGAGUGAGCUGAAUAAUGGUACAGUGAGACAUGGUGGUGGCUUUCAGCAGCAACAGGCUACAAGGAGUGAACUGAAUGGUGCUGUGAGACAUGGUUCAGCUCAACAACAUCAAGUUGGUGAGAGACGAGCGUUUGGUACUGCUUCUGAGUUUCCUGAAACAACAACACCUUCCGCUAGAUCAUUUGCCAGCUCUAGCGCUGGUUACGGAAGCUCUAGGCAGGAGCAAACGAGGGCUCCUCCAACGACUUAUUCUCGUCCGCCAGUUCAGUCUGGUUAUCAGGCCCAGCCACCAUCCAUGUACGCUAACACGGGACCAGUGACUAGGAACGAAGCUCCUCCCACGGUAGUUCCUAUUUCUGCUCUGAACCCUUACCAGGAUCGCUGGACCAUCAAGGUGAGAGUCACGAGUAAAGGAGAGCUCAGGCGUUUCAACAGCACCCGUGGGGGGGAAGGGAAGGUGUUCAGUUUUGAUCUAGUUGAUGCCGCUGGCGGAGAGAUUCGGGUGACUUGUUUUAAUGAUGUGGUUGAUAGGUUCUUUGACAUGAUUGUUGUUGGUAAUGUUUACCUCAUCACAAAGGGGAGUUUGAAGCCUGCUCGUAAAGAGUAUAAUCAUCUCCCCAAUGAUUAUGAAAUACAUUUAGACAACGCUUCAACGAUUCAGCAAUGCUAUGAGGAUGAUGCUACCAUUCCGCGGAAUCAGUUCCAUUUCAAGGACAUAAGUGCUAUUGAAAGCAUGGAGAGCAACAGCAUCACUGAUGUAAUCGGCAUCGUCUCGUCCAUCAGUCCGACAGGGUCAAUCAUGCGGAAAAACGGAACCGAGGCGCAGAAAAGAGCGCUUCAGUUGAAGGAUAUGUCAGGCAGAAGCGUGGAGGUAACCAUGUGGGGUAAUUUCUGCAACGCAGAAGGACAGAGAUUACAAAGUCUUUGCGAUUCUGGUGUGUUCCCUGUUCUCGCUGUGAAGGCGGGGAGGAUCAGUGAGUUUAACGGGAAGCAAGUGAGCACCAUUGGAUCAAGCCAACUCGUCGUGGAGCCAGACUUACCUGAAGCCAGAGAGCUGAGGGCGUGGUACGAGAGAGAAGGACGUAACGCUCCUUGUAUCUCGAUAUCUAGAGAGUUCUCUGGUUCUGGCAGGCUAGAGGCUCGCAAGGUGAUCACUCAAAUCAAGGACGAGAAUCUAGGGACCUCGGAGAAGCCGGACUGGAUCACAGUCAGUGCCACCAUUUCAUUCAUGAAGGUUGAGAAUUUCUGCUACACGGCUUGUCCUAUCGUGAAUGGAGACCGUCCGUGCAGCAAAAAGGUCACCAAUAACGGAGACGGGACUUGGCGAUGCGAGAAAUGCGACAAGUGCGUGGAUGAGUGUGACUACAGGUAUAUAUUGCAGCUGCAGUUACAGGACCAUACGGGAGUGACGUGGGCCACAGCGUUUCAGGAGGCUGGUGAGGAGAUAAUGGGAAUGCCUGCGAAAGAUUUGUAUUAUAUGAAGAAUGAGGAUCGUGAUGAGGAGAAAUUUGAAGACAUCGUCCGCAAGGCCGCUUUCACCAAGUACAUUUUCAAGCUGAAGGUGAAGGAAGAAACUUUUAGUGACGAAAGCCGUGUGAAAGCAACAGUUGUGAAAGCUGAGAAGCUGGACUAUUCUUUAGACACCAGGUCCCUGCUAGAGGCAAUGAAUAAACUCAGAACGGAAGAUGCAAAUCCUCUCACUGUAAACCCUGAGGGUUCCAACUACAGGUCUGGUGCGUUUAAUUCCGGUGUUGGAACCUCCGGAACCAGAGAGACCUCAUCAGCUGACGUGCCUCGCAGAGAGUUUGGACUACCUGCAGCAAACCAAGUGAAUCAGUUCGGUAAUCAACAGAGUAGCAAGUCAAGACCCCUUGGUGGUGUUACUUUAUGUGAUGCGUGUGGGAGCAAUGCUCAUGUUUUUGCCAACUGCCCAAGCUUUCUAAGUGAGCCACAAGGACAACACAUGAAUAGCGCUUACGGGAACACACCGGGAAGAAACGCAGGUGGAGGCAUGCCAAGGCAACACGAAAGAUGAUUUUGCUCUGUAUCAUUCUCUUUACUCUGGAAAAAUUAAACUUCUGUGAUCAUAAUCUGAUUCAAGCAACGUCUUUACAGGGGAAUUAUUCACCUUUUAUUAUCACCAAUUUUUAAGGAAUAAAAGGCUGUUUUACACAA